UGAUUCCAUCAGCUGUUUACUUAAUUUCAAAACUAAACCUAAACAGAAUACAAAAUCGAAAAUGACCACUUUUAAGCCAAAGUUCCUGAAACCAGAGACCGACGAUGCAAUCACGGAUAAUGCAGGUGGUGAACAGCAGACCUCCGCCUUUGUAUUCAAUGCCAAUCACAACCUGGGACUUGUGGAUCAGAGGGAGCGUUUGCCCAUACGCCAGUACCGGGAUCAAAUACUUUACUGCUUGGAAAAGCAUCAAGUGGUCAUCCUGGUGGGUGAAACAGGCAGUGGCAAGAGCACCCAGGUGCCACAAUAUUUAUAUGAGUGGGGCUGGCACACCAAGGGACUCAUAGGCAUCACCGAACCACGACGUGUUUCCACCGUUACCCUGGCCAAUCGCGUGGCCCAGGAACGGGGCGAACUAGUAGGGGACACGGUGGGCUAUGUAGUGCGCUUCCUGGAAAAGAUGACCGUGGAGACCAAAAUCAAGUUCAUGACCGAGGGCAUCUUGCUGCGCGAACUCCUAGCCGAUCCGCUGCUUACCCAGUAUGGUGUUAUCAUUGUGGACGAGGCGCAUGAGCCGAAUAUGCUCACGGACAUGGUUUUGGGGCUGCUCAAGAAGAUUCUUCGAAAACGCAGCACGCUCAAGCUCAUCAUUUCAUCGGCCACCAUAGAUGCGGGCUUCUUCAGCGAGUUCUUUAGCUGGCCAGGAUCGGGAGAAGUGAGCGUUAAACUAAGCAUUGAAGGUCGGAUGCAUCCAGUGAGUAAUUUCUAUCUCAACGAACCAUGCGCCGAUUAUGUCAAGGAAACGGUGGAGACCGUCUGGAAACUCCAUCAAAAAGAGCCGCCUGGCGACAUUCUGGCCUUCUUAACCGGUCAGGAGGAAGUCCUGGAGGCGCUGGAUCUCCUGCGCGAAUACAUCGCCAGCUCGGAGCAGGAGAAUCUCAAGGUGCUGCCCAUGUACGGGAGUAUGUCGAGCACCGAUCAGCUGGCUGUGUUCUUUACCCCGCCCAAAGGAACUCGAAAAGUGGUGUUGGCCACCAAUAUAGCAGAGACCUCCAUCACCAUUCCAGGCAUCGUUUAUGUGAUAGACUGCGGCUACGUCAAAGUGAAGUGGUACAAUCCCAAAACCUGCAGCGACAGUUUGGUGAUAGUGCCCGUCAGCAAGGCGUCGGCCAUCCAGAGAGCAGGACGAGCGGGUCGCAUGCGUCCCGGCAAGGUUUAUCGUUUGUACACUAAAUCAGACUAUGAUGCACUAGCUCCUCGACAACCACCCGAAAUGCGACGCAGCGAAAUGAGCGGUGCUGUCCUGCAAUUAAAAGCGCUGGGCAUCGGGAACAUACUGCGCUUUGAUUUCCCAUCGCCACCACCGGCACAGAAUCUUCUAUCCGCAUUGGAGGGUCUAUUUGCCUUGGACGCCAUCGAUGAGCAGGGCAAGCUGACUCAGCCUGUGGGUUACCUGCUUGCCGAACUGCCCUUCAACGCUAUGCUCUCCAAAAUGCUAUACGUUUCUGGUCAGAUGGGCUGCUCGGAGGAGAUCAUAACCAUUAUUGCGUUGCUCCAGGUGCAAUCUAUAUUUUCGCGCCCUGCUUCGGCGGUUGCCCAACAAAGUGGACGCAUUGCACAUCGGCACUUCGAAGUCGCGGAAGGGGAUUUCAUUACGAUGUUGAACGUUUACACUGGCUUCGUGGAGGAGGGCAUGACCAAGGAGUUCUGUGGCCAAUACUACCUCAUCUAUAGGAAUCUUAAGAGGGCCCACGAGCUGAGGGAGCAGCUCAUCACAUUGGCAAGGAAGAAGUAUGGCAUUCCAAUCUUCUCGUGCAAUGGCAAUGUGGAAACGUUGUGUAAGUGCAUCACCGCCGGCUUCUUCACUCAGGUGGCCUAUCUGCACCACUCCGGAGUAUAUCGACAAAUCAGCAGCGGCACUGAACUUGCGAUUCAUCCGAACUCCACUCUCUACACGCUACCUCAAGCUCAGUAUGUGGUCUACGGGGAACUGCUUCAAACCACGAAAUUGUUCAUUAACUACGUGACCGUAAUCAAGAGAGAGUGGCUGACGGAACUGGCUCCGCAUUACUACCAACAGACCACAGUGCGGGAUUAGCAGGAACCAAGGCCUCAUUGGUAGAUGUUGAAGAACAACAUAAGCUGAGUUUAACCAGCGGCAACG